AUGUUCCGCCAGGCCACCACCCCCGCCCUCCGCGCCACCGCUUCCGCCUCCAAGCAGCAGGCCCGCUCUUUCGUCUCCAAGGCCCAGUUCAUUGGCCGCCUUGGUGCCGCUCCCGAGAAGGGCACCACUGCUGCUGGCAAGGAAUACCUCAGAUAUACUAUCGCUGUGAGCAAGCCCCCCAGGCGUGAUGCCGAAGGCAGUGAGUACCAGGUCAUCCUUGACGAGGCUGGCUGUGAGUGCCCGGCUACCAAGCAUCCACCUUCUAGACUUUUCCCAAGUACUAAUGCCAAAUUUGCAGACCCCGCCCGUGAAUCUUCUUGGUUCACUCUCUUCAACUUCCGAGAGGGCCCCGCCGGCGGAAGCCUUGAGAACUUGGCCGCUGGCUCUUUGCUCUACGUCGAGGCCAACAUCGACACUGUCAGCAACACCAACGCCGACGGUACCCCCAACAAGCAGUACCUCUUCAGGGAGACUUCCCACCGAGUCCUCUCCAAGCCCCGAAGCGAGUAA